CUGGUGGAAAUAUGCGUGAAGAACAACGGCUUAGACUUCGCGCGGCAUAUGGACGAACACUUCUUGCGGUCUAUGGCCAAAGUCCUCAAGAUUACAACCUUCAAGCGGUCGCUCACGAAGGACGUGAAGGACAAAAUAAACAAAAUCAUUGGAGGGCCCUUCGUCCACCCUGGCGUAGCCACUGACCCGAGGAUCCACAAGCUAAAGCGCAAGGUCCUCUUCAUGUUCCAGCUGUGGCAUGAUGCCUUCGUGCUGCAACAAGAAAGAUGCCCAGCGAUUUUCGCCAUGUACAGGAAGCUCAGAAGCAAAGGCGUGGAGUUCCCUCAAGUCGACCGCUCGCACAAGUUCUUCGUGAAGAACGCGGAGGAAUCUCCUGCUUUCAAUUUGCCCCCGGGGGGCCCCCAGGGGGCCCCCGGGGGCCCCCAGGGGGCCCCCGGGGGCCCCCCGCCUCCGCCUGCGGAGGCCCCUGAACCCAUUGAGCAGCUUGUGAGUCGCAUCCGUCGCGCCUUGUCAGUGGCUGCCUCCCCGGGGGCCCCCCUGCUGCAGCGCGAGGAGGCCCUUAGGGUACUAAGGGGGGCCCGGGGGCCCCUCGGCCUUUGGUUGGACUCUUUGUCCAAAACUGACAAAGACCUGCAGCAAAACAUGGCGGCUGUUGCAGCAGGACUUGAGUUGGCCGACGAGGUUGACAGGCAGCUCGCCAAGUCCCAGGGGGGCCCCCCGGGGGGCCCCCCGGGGGGCCCCCCGGGGGGGCCCCUGGGGGGCCCCCAGGGGGGCCCCCAGGCGGGCUCCCCGGGGGGCCCCCUGGGGGGGCCCCUGGGGGGCCCCCUGGUGGGGCCCCUGGGGGGCCCCCUGGGGGGGCCCCUGGGGGGGCCCCUGGGGGGCCCCCUGGGGGGGCCCCUGGGGGGGGCCUC